AAAUUUAAGUAAAAAUCAACGAGACUCACCGAUUCGAUGCGCACCAGCAGCGUUUCGGUUAAACACGAGAAAUGCAAGAGCUUAUUCACGCGCGAAUAAACUGAUGCUCCGUUUUCACGUCGUCGCUUUUUUCAAGGCCAACGACGACGACGACUUCCUCCGCGACGCACUCAGGAGUCACGAUAUUCCCGAAGUGGCCACUACACACUUUACUAUAUUUUAUAUUUACUGAAUAUUGAUACAGGACAAUAACAAUAUGGCGGAGCGCCCGUAGUCGUAGUCGACCUGCGAGUUUCGCAAAUUACGAGGCUAAUUUUGUCGCGGAACGAUACUCCGACACGAUGACACGAAAGUACAACCGGAAACGCGUAAUUGGCCACCUAGAAUACGUUCGACAACAUCGAAAAACUCGGAAAAUUUUCGUGUCGAAAAGCGUCUGGUAAUUCUCGCGAUCCGUCUCGGAAACUCGCGCGCGCAAACUUUCGGCAGCUUGAAGUGGCAGCUGUGACGUCAUGCAUCACGUGACAACGCGCUUUCAGGGCUGCGUUCCAAAAUUUGCUCCUUGGAGUAGCCUUUGGGUGACCAAUUAGAGCAAAAGAAACACAAAUUUCUUUCAAGCAAAGGCUACUCUACUCCAAGGAGUAAAUUUUGGAACCCGGGAGAACGACGUUGAGCGAGAUUCGCGGCCGACAAGAACAAUCUCGCUCGUGUAAUCGCGAUUUCGAUAUCGAUACACGCGACGUGAUUGGAUUUAAGAAUGUUAAAAAUUUAAUUUACACCAACGAAAAGAAAAUUGAAGCCGUCAAAAGAGUGAACGUCGGGGAGUCGAAGGCAUCGGUAGCACGUGCUUUCAGAAUUCCGGAGUCUACGCUAAGAGGAUGGUGUAAACAAAAUAAAACAAAUGAAAGACAAAAUAAUUAACGAAACAAAUAAUAAUAUUGAUGAAAACCUUCAUCAAUUGUUACUAUUCUUAGAAGGAGAUCAUCAGCGUAUACCAGAACAACCCUCGCGUUUGCCACCUGCAAAUUUAAUUCUUGGCCCAUCAACAUCAAUACGAUCCAAAGGAGAAAACACUAUUUUGGAUUUCAGUAUGGUGUCGUCAUCCGGGAUCGCUAAUUAUCAACAGUUGGUCAGACGUCAACCGAUCAAACGGAGAAUCCUGGGUGAACGAGUCGUGCCGGAUUCAACAGUGGCAAAUACCAGAGUCAACCGAAGAAAUUUAGUAGCUCCUCCUGGGAUCCAUGACACGAUCGAGCAUGGAUCCAAAUUUGUAACGUGGUUAAAAAAAAUGGAACGCCUGUUGCCACGUUUCAACAGGUAUUAUAUAAAAUAUUAUUCAGAAACUUGUGGCAUGGACCAAGUUCGAAAAAGCAUCAAAUUCUGUUGAUGACAAAGAAAAUUCGAUUAACUAGUGAAACUUGGGAAAAAUUGUAUAAAAUUCAACAAUUA